UCAUAAUUCAAAUAAAAUAAUAAAAGUGUAAGGUCUUGCUUCGGAGAAAAAGGUAGAUGUAUAAGCAUAUCCUUGUUUUCAUAUUCAUAAUGAUUAACUUAUACUCGCAAGGAUACCCCCCAAGAAGAAGUAAAAGGUUGACUGGUAUUUGUAUCUUGAGCGACAUGUCCUGACUUGUUCUAGCUUGUAGUUGACCAUCACUGAC